AUGGAUGCCAAUUCGCACCCGGAGACGAAGCCGCCCGGUGAAAGGAAGGCCUCCUGCUGGCAGGAGCUCCAUCGCGCAGCUGGAGCUUCAGUGUGGGACGACUUCUACAACGAGAAUGGGGACUACAUUGCUCACGGGAAGAGGAAAGAUGUUGAGCACCCGGUGACAACAAACAAGGUUCGAGGGCCGCAGUCGGCCCAAGCAAAGAAGAUUGGCUUGCACGCCUACUCCGUCAUUGACCAUGUCUUCUACGCCGGGAACCUCCAGUUCCAUGAACAUGUGCACCAGCCCGUGCAGUACCCGAGUGCCAAGGAUGCACUGCAGGAAGUCUUACCUUCACUCCGAGAUCCCUCGGAUCACUAUCCGGUGAUUGUGGACCUAAAAUGGCAAGGAGCCAGCACGUGA